AAAAAUAUUAAAAUAUGGAAUCUACACAGGAGGAGAAGAACAAGCAGGUGGAAAUGGAGGUUGAUUCAGAUCCGAAGAUAGCUGAGAUGACUGAAGAAGAAAGAGAAGAAUACAAAGACAAACUAGAAGAAGAAAAAGAAGCUGAGAUCACUAUAAAUUACACAAAACUCGGCAGUGAAGAAUGUCCUGUAAACGAAGAUGACGAGGAUAUUUAUUACCAAGAAGUAUACCGUAUUCCAGCGAUCGAAAACCUAGAAAGAUGCUCUAAGUUAAAGAUACUUUCCUUGCGUAAGAACAUGAUCAAGAAGAUUGAGGGACUAGAGGAGUGUACAGCUCUAACUGAGCUAGAUCUUUAUGAUAACAGAAUCAAGAAGAUUGAAGGGCUAGACACUCUUGUUAACCUUGAAACCCUCGAUCUUUCAUUCAACAGGAUCAAGUUAGUUGAAAAUCUUGACUCCCUCGUUAACCUCAAGACCCUGUACUUGAUUGGAAACAGAAUCAGGAAAAUUGAGAAUCUUUCUGCCCUAAAAGUAGUUAAUGAGGUUGACUUUGGAGACAACAAAAUUAAAUCCAUUGAAGGAAUUGAAGAGGUUCCUCAAAUCACCAAGUUCUACAUUGCCAAGAAUAGGAUCAAGGAAUUCCAUCCUUGUAUUAAAAAUCUGACUAAGCUAAAAGUCCUUGGAAUUCAGACCAACGAAAUUUCAAAAAUUAGCAAUCUUGAAGAGUGCGUUGAGUUAGAAGAACUCUAUAUGCAGCAGAACUUUGUAUCUGAGAUUGAAGGACUCGAGACUCUCACAAACCUCAUGAUAUUCGAUGUAGCUUACAACAAGAUUGAAGCAAUCUCUGGGUUAGAUUCUAACAAGGAACUUACAGAUUUAUGGAUCAACAGUAACAAAAUCUCAGAUUGGAGUUCAGUAGAGUACCUCAAAAAUCUGCCAAACCUGGACACAAUCUACUUAAUCCACAACAAAGUUGCAGAGGACAAGAAGUACAUUGAAUACGUUAUGGAGAACAUUCCAUCAGUGACUCAGAUAGACUCUGACAACGUCCAGCUUAUCAAAAGAAGAGCUGCUUCUGGAGGAACUCAAGUAAAACCCUUCAUUGUAAAGGGAAAUGAAGAAGCAUCAAACAUGCUCAAAACAGUUCUGAAGAAAUGGUAA